AUGAUGGAUUCUGAUGCUUCAUCGGACGAGGAGUAUGGACCGACGGAGCUUGACCAAAUGAUUCAAGAUGAAUUCUUUAAUUCGUCGCAUUCGGACGAAGAAGUGGACAUGAUCAUGCAAGAGGAAAUGGACCGGCAGGUGGAGCAUAUUCUCAACUUCAAGGGCUCAAUCAAAGGGAGAAGAGUGAUCAACCUGGACAGGGGAGUGGAGGCACGCGACGACUACUUCAAGCUGAGAAGGGAUUGCUGCGGUGAACUCUCUUUCUCGCCCAAGCAGAAGUGCACAGCUGCUCUGAGGAUGCUUGCACUUGGUACUGCCGCAGACACCGUCGGUGCGAUGGUCAGGAUGGGGGAGAGCACGUGCCUGAAGACUACUGUCAAAUUUACCCGCGCUGUGGUUGAGGUGUUUGGACCGGAGUAUCUCAGAGAACCAAAUGCGCAGGACACGGAGAAGUUGUUGGCUAUUGGAGAGGAGGCUUUGCAAUGGGGAAUCACCCCGUGCAACUACACCGUCGGCGACCAGGACUACAACAUGGGGUACUAUCUUGCCGAUGGUAUCUAUCCUCAGUGGGCGGCAUUUGUGAAGACCAUAUCCGAACCGCGUGGCAAUAAACAGAGCCACUUUGCAACAAUGCAGGAAGCGGCUAGGAAAGACGUGGAGAGGGCAUUUGGUGUGCUUCAAACUCGUUGGGGAAUUGUGCAGAACGCUGCAAUGAUGUGGGAAUCAGAAACUUUGUGA